AUGAGAUUUAGGCCGCCCAUCUUAGGGCACCUUAAGAAGAGACUAAGAGGAGGAUUAGAGUGCUGCCCUCAUGGAAGAAUUUGGACUAUCCCCCAAGAGAGUCAGUUAUAAAUCUUAACUAUCCAUUGGAGGGGCCUAAUUCUCUAGAGGUUUAAGACAUCUUGUCCCCCUCUUGGAGGGUGCUUUUUGGCUCUCUCUUUAGCAGUGGCUAACAGAAGGAAAUAGGAGAGAAAUCAAAGCCCAGUCAAUGAAACUUUUUUGCUCAAGAUUAUUUUGGAGAAAAGACUACCUAAAAUAUGUCAAGAUCAUUAUGGAUCAAGCACCACUCGACCUAGGACUAGCACACAAUGAGGUACAUGCAAAAUCUAGAUUUGGGGUGUCCUUGUAAUAUUCUCUAUGGAUAGAUUAACUCUUAGUUCGAACUAGUUUUAUCAUUUGUUCUAUCAUUCUAUUGUGUUAGAUUUAUUCUCUCCUUUUUGUCACAUUUUUUAUUUUUCUUGUCUUGACUCUUUUUAAAUUUAAUUCUACCCUACAUGAGCUCAAGUAUACCUAUAUAUAUAAUAAAUAAAAUAAGUAAAGUUCUUACUUUCAUUACCCAUGCUCCUUGAGGAUUGACCCUUAUUUAUUCUAAAUAAAAGAGUGAGAUUUUAUAAAUAUUAUUUGUUUGACUUUGGUUGCAUCAAGAUGAUAUAUUUAACCUCUAAAUUGAGUUAAUCACCCAUUGACCUUUCUCACCCUUUCAUUUUAUCUUUCAUCACUUUUUGAAAUCAUUGAAGAUUUAUCUUGAGGUCCACGAGCCAACAAUUAUGAGAUUUCAUCUCUCUAUAUCAAGGUAUGGUUGACUUGUCUUAUUUUAGUGAUUUUUAAUCUGAUUUCAAAUCUCUUUCUUGUAAAUUAUCAUUGAGUGAAUCUAGGAUAUCCCUAAUUCAUCUAUUUAGUAAAAUAGAUGGUAUUGAUGGUAUUGUUUCUCCUCUCUAUAUAGUAAAUAACCCACAACAAUAUACCCUAUAAAAUGAAGAAAAUCCCAUGCUCCACAACAACAUAAGAAACAUAUUGUAUACCACCUACUAGGAUGUAUGAACUUAAGUUAAUGUCUAUUGUUUACCCUAUACAAAAGAGAUCAAGAGCAUAAUUUAAACAAAGUUCUUGGAAAAUAGCGAGGUCGCCAAUUUUGGGAAUAGGAUUUAUCCCAUGCCCUUAUUCUAGUAUUCUACCUGCUCCUUGA